CAUCCGGGUAUUUCUGGUCCACCGCUAAAGAAGCGAAUGAUUGAAGACGCUUUAGGAGUGCGACCGCUAACUAUAGAUAUACAGCUUGUUCUGUUAUUUAUUUGUUGACAUGGCGGCAAAUGAUGCCGAGUUACACGACUCCUUUGGAAAAUCGCAGCCAGGUGAAGAUCGUAAAGCCUCCAGGAGCUCGAAGCAUUGUUCACGGUCCAGAUCACGCUCAACCGACCGAAAGCGCAAGUCAGGAGACAAGAGGCACAAACGAAGCCACAGCAGAAGCAAAGAGGCACGGAAGAAGGACUCUGAGAAAGCUCUGAAAUGUCAGAGCGGAUCAGAGGAGCGGCUGGAGUUUUCAGACAAAGGCCGAGAACGGUUGUCUGAAGACAUGGAGGAGAGACACCGGCGAAAAGACAAGAAGACCUCCAGACCAAGGAGCCAGUCGAGAUCGCGCUCUAAAGAAAAGCGGCACCAUAAUAAAAACUGGGACAAAAAAAGAUCUCGCUCGCGAUCAAGAAGUCGUGAAAAGAAGAGACGGGCCAGGUCUCGGUCAAACUCCAGAAGCAAACACAGACAUCGCAGCAGGAGCCGUAGCAAGAGCAGGGAAAAGAAGAAGAGGACAGAAAAAUCACGGAAGAAGAGUCGUAGUCCGUCAAUCAGCCCCGUGACCUUCAGGGGCAGAAACACAGCUAUGGAUGCUCAAGAAGCAUUAGCCAGGAGGUUGGAGAGAGCAAAGAAGCUUCAGGAACAGAAAGAGAAAGAUAUGUUGGAAAAAUGGCAGCAUCAAGAGAAAGCAGCAGCUUCAACACCACAGAGUGAUCCAGCAGCUGCAGCACCCAGUCCUGCCCUGAACGUGGCAGCGCUGCUGGCGUCCGGCACACAGGUCACACCACAGAUUGCCAUGGCCGCUCAGAUGGCGGCGCUUCAGGCCAAAACGCUGGCAGAGACUGGCAUCGCUGUGCCAAGCUACUACAAUCCCUCAGCAGUAAACCCAAUGAAGUUUGCAGAGCAGGAAAAGAAGAGGAAGAUGUUGUGGCAGGGGAAGAAAGAAGGGGACAACAAGUCACAGACGGCUGAGCUUUGGGAAAAGCUGAAUUUUGGCAAUAAAGACCAAAAUGUGAAGUUCCGGAAACUUAUGGGCAUCAAAGGUGAAGAAGAAGCUGCCACUUCAGCAGGGGUGACCGAGGACGGUCUGAAAACCUUGCAGCAGCAGGAGGAGAUGUUUCGUAAUCUGGACGUCCAGUAUGAGAUGGCCCGCUCGCAGACGCACACACAGAGGGGAAUGGGCCUUGGCUUCUCCUCCUCGUUUUCUUCAAGGGGCAUGGAUGCCGUCUGACCGGUGUGUGUUUGUGCUUCUCGUUUCUGUAAAACUGGUGUGUGUACGUGCUUGUAGAGAAUGCUGGUGCAUUAGCUUGCAUGUAAUUCAUCAGUUCUGUCGUUUUAUUCAUUUUUGAACAUUCACGUGUAAAUACAGUUUAUUGCUCAAA